AUGACCAGCAAAAAUAAUCAAAACAAUUUUUCAAUUGACAAUCUUCUAUCGAGUAUGGUUGCAACUCCCCAACCCCAUUUCCCAAUUUGUUGGCCAGCAAUUCCAAAUCCUUCCCCUAUUCAAUUACCUCCUUGUUUCCCUUUUGCUCCUUGGCCACCACCUCCACCAGCUCCAAUGGCUUUAAUUCCAUUUUGGCCAUCUCCAGGACAGCCACAAAAUUUUCCAUUCAAUCACCAAAACAAUGGAGGAGGAAAUUCUUUACCAUUAUCUCCUUUAAAUAGUCCAUCUUUUGAUAAUUCUGUUACUGGAAGAAGACAUACUACAGCAAACAGCAACAACAGUAAUGUAUCAGAAAGUUCUCCAAAAAUCGAAAAUAAAUCUAAAAAUGAAGAAACACCGCCAAAGAAAAAGCUCAAAAUGCAACAAAAACAACCAAAUAACGACAAAAUUACUGAUAUAUUUAAUAACCCAAUUUGUCCAAUAUUUCCUGUUACAACAAUGGGAGGAGAUUCUGCCAAUUUCUUUGGUUUGUAAAUAUUUUGAUUAUUUAAUUGAUAAUUUAAACAACCUAGAGGGAAUACUCCUUUCAUUUGGUAAUUAUCUAAAAUUUUCUUCCUAUACAAAUGGACACUUUAUAUUUUCUUCUUAAGAAUAUCGCUAUACUUCAACACUUUUUAGUUUAUCUCCUCUACUAUUUUUGAUCGGAUUUUCUUACUUAACUAUAAAUGUCUAAUAUUUUCACUCUUUUCUGCGUCCAUUUUUCCUUUUAUUCACAUCUUCCGUUCAGCUCC